UCAGAGAACUGUGAUUGGUCAGAGAGGCCAGCUGUUAGUGGUUCAUUCACCAUUUUGAGACUGUAGUGGAAAAGGGACCCAGAUCUUCUUUUUCUUUUUUUUAUCCCUGUUUGAGUUGCUCUGGGAAAAAUACAUGUUUUACGGAGGGAAAUUAAAGUGCGAGCCCGGACCACACAGUAGCAACGGCCAGCCGAGGGAUGCUACCCGCGAGCGUGCAAGCUUCCUCAUCUGCAAAAUAGGAUCGUAAAUGUUUCUAUUGCCAACUGAAUGUAUCUGUUUGGUCUGAAUUUCAGAGAAAAGAACAAGGAAGGAAAAAGGGCAGUGAAAAAGAGAGCGGAAGACCAGGGGGCACCGGAAAAAGACCAGGGGGCACCGGAAAAAGACCAGGGGGCACCGGAAAAAGAAAGAAGAAGAAGAAGAAAGGACAGAGCGACCAUCAGCUCUCACCCCACAGAGUAGAAAGCAGAAAGGAAAAGACAAGGUGAAGAGAUGAAGCCACUAAAGAAACAGAGGGGGCGCUCUCCCCCCUCCACACGGGCCAAAGGGGGGAAGAAGAGAGGGGCGACAGAGACCCCCCCAGAGAGGGACAACAGGAACAAACUCAGGAAGGAGAACCAAGACGGACAGCCUCAAACCACGCCCCCCGCCCACUUGCCACGGAAACAAUCCACAACCUCCUCUGACAGCUCUCAGCAGGAGCCAAUCAGAGGCAGCGAGACCCCAAAGAAGGAGGGGCCUAGAGAGCAGGUGCCGCCAAGGCAACAUGAAGUCAAAGAGAAGACCGAGGACAGCAGAGGGAGGGUUGGGGGGAAUUCAGGGGGGCCUAACAGCACCCCCACCCCCUCCCAUAACAACACCCUCACCAUCCCCACCCCCACUACCAGUCCCAGCCCUACCUCCAUGUCCAGUAGGAAAACAGCCACCUUCAAGGCCAGAGUCCCUAAGAAGAAGUACAUCGCUGAACACUAUGCUAGUAGCAACGCGCCCGGCCUCACCUUCACCCCUGCCCCCAUGCACAACAGCCACAGUAACUACAGUAGUACUAGCAGUAGUAUUAACAUCAUCAACAGUAGUAGUACUAACAGUAAUAACAGUAGUAAUACCAUUAAUAACAGUAGUAGGACUAACACUACUAUUAAUGGUAUUAACAGCAAUAGUAACAGCAUUAGUAACAGUAACAGCAUUAGUAACAGCAUUAGUAACAGCAUUAGUAACAGCAUUAGUAACAGCCAUAGCAGCAGCUCAGUCAGCCUCUCGUUAGCCCCCAGUGUGUCCAAUGAGGAGAGGAAGGUAGCCGCUAGCAGCCACAGCCAUGGCCCGGGGGAACAGGGGAUGACAGGGGCCUCCAUAGGGCCCAACAUUGGCAGUGUGGCCCCCCAGGACAGAGAGAGAGACCCCCAGGGUGUGGAGACAGAGGCAGAGGGGGCCCCUAACUCAGUACGCUCCGUAUCCACGGAUACAGCCAGCGAGCACGAUCUGGAGGUGAACCCCCAGCCUAGUACCAGCCCUGCUAGAGCCCCCUACCAUGGCAGUCUGCCCCCUUACUCUGCUACUACCUCCCAGCCCGGCCCCGGCCCCGGCCAGAGCCACAGAAAGGGCAGUCUGUCCGGGGCGGAUGCCCUGGCCAAAGGCCUGAAGAACCAGAGAGUUCUAGCCCGCUGUCGAUGGAGAGACAGACUUAACGGAGAGCAAGGUGGGAGGGAGAGAGAGAAGGAUGGACCCCUGUCUCCUAUGUUCAGGGCUGGGGUGGUGCGGCGGGUGAGUGGGGGCAGCGCUGAUAUCCAGCUGCAGGGGGAGGAGGGGAUACUCUGUUACCCCUUUCAGGGGGGGACCGCACACCCGGAGGGAGAGGAGACGAGCGUGGAGUUCAUCCUGGACGCCCCCCCACCCGGCACGGCGUCCGUGGCCAUCGGGACACGCGUAUGUGUGCCUUUCAGAGGGGGAGGGGGGCGAGAUGGGGGUGAACAGGGGACACCUCAGCUAUACAGAGAAGGAGUGCUGUCCCAGGUAGACCCCCACCCUGCCGUGUCGUUCCCCUACAGGGUGCUACUGUGUGAGGAUCGAGAGGCGCUGGAGAAUGGAGGUAGGGAUGAGGAGAGAGUGAUGGUGGAGGAGAGAAGGAGGGUGCAGGCCCAGGCUGUAUGGGUGUCCAGACAGAGCCUGAGGCUGCUGACUCCCCCCUGGGAACUGCCUCACCCAGAGGGGGGGAGAGAGAGGGAGAGGGAGAGAGAGAGGGAGGAGAGGGAGAGGAGGGAGGAGAUGGAGGUGGAGAGGGAGGUGUGCCAGCUGAGUAUUGGGAUGGCGCUGGGGGGGCCGAUGGGAGGGGGGGCGAGGUUGGUGCACAGCUUCUCUCCAGCUGGGGUGGUGGGGGGGCAUCACUAUGGAAACAUCCCCCCCCACCCCUCCUCGUUGCUAACGACCAGCGUUGUCUCCAGCACUGGAGAGGGUCACCCUGACAAAGAGAGAGAACAAGAGAGACAGAAACAGCCCCAAACACCAGAGGAGGACAUGGAGAUGUCUAGGUUCAGUAUGGGCACCCAGCAUCGCCACAUCCUCUCCAAGCCCCUCCUCGGGGGGCACAGCUACCCCUCCUCCCAACACCUGGUCCAGGGCCUGGGCACGCCACUGGGCUCUCACCUGUCCUCCCUCACCUUGCCUGGCCCUGAGGCCCUGGCCAUGACCCCCCCACCACACCUACCCCCUUCCAAGAGCACCCUGGUCCCCCUGGACAAGACCCCCUCCCAGAUCCCCACCCCUACCCCUGGAGGGGGGUCUACCUCCUCCUCAGCCUCCUCCUCGCGCUCCCGCACCCCCCUGUCGGCCACCCUGCAGAAGUACAAGAAGGGGGACGUGGUGUGCACCCCUAACGGUAUCCGCAAGAAGUUCAACGGCAAGCAGUGGAGACGCCUCUGUUCCAGAGAGGGCUGUAUGAAGGAGUCCCAGAGACGAGGCUACUGCUCACGCCACCUCUCCAUGAGAACUAAAGAGAUGGAGGGAGCGGGAGGAGGGGGAGAGAGGGACAGGGGGAGGGGAGGAGGGAGCAGUUCGGGGACGGUCACCCCCUCGGACCUGCGUGGGUUUGACUGGGAUGAGACGUCCAGAGACAGCAGCGAGGCCAGCAGUAGAGGAGACUCCCGCCCUCGGCUGGUGCUGCCCUCCCUCCUCCCCCAUGACUUCUCCAGGUUUGACUUUGACGAGUGUGAGGCAGCCACCAUGCUGGUGUCUCUGGGCAGCUCUCACUCUGGGACCCCCUCCUUCUCCCCCAUCUCCAACCAGUCCCCUUUCUCCCCCGCCCCCUCUCCCUCACUCCCCCUCUUCGGAUUCCGUCCCGCCAACUUCUCCCCCAUCACCGCCUCCUCCGUCCUCCCCCCUCCUCGCAGACACAGACACCCCAGUGCCACGGGGGGAAAGCUGGGCACCCCUGGGGGGGCAGAGAGGGAGAGGCAUACCUCAGGGGUCCAGCCGUCCUUCCACACUAACCUGACCUUCACUGUCCCCAUGAGCCCCAGCAAACGCAAAACAGACAUUCCUCCUCCCCCUCCUCCCUCCUCCCACCCCCACCACGACUACCCCCCCAAACCUGAGCUGGAGCAGGGGGACCUGAACCCUGCCUCGUUCCCCGUCCUCUCCCCCCAGACCCCAGCACACACUCACGCUUACACACCCACCUUCUCCUGUCCCCGAAGGGUGAGCACACCAACCAGCCGGCCCCCCUCCUCCCCCGCCACCUCCCCUCCUCCCCUCCUGGUGUCCCCAACUCCCCCCUCCCCUCCAGACUCAGGCCCCCGCCGUUUCCACCCCACAUCCCAGCAGGCCUUGCGGGACUCUCCGGUGAUCGUGCGGAACCCGGAGGUUCCUCUGGCCAAGUUCACAGAGCGUCCGUUAGGCCGUGGGGGGGGGGAAGUAGGUGAUCCUAAGAGUCUUAACAGCGUUACUCCCCAGCCUGUCUCCACUCUCCAAGUCCCUGUACCCAUCAACGCUGCUGCUGCCGCGGCAACCAACGGCACCGUCCUCCUCCAGAGCCCCACCCCCACCCUAGUGCUGGUGUCAUCCGCCCCGCCCUCCCUGACCUCCGUCACCCCCGGUUACCCAGCUUUGGCUUGCAUCUCCAUCUCCACCACGCUCCCCUCUUCGGGACCCCCCCUCACCAACCCAGCCAGCCCAGGGGAGGGGGGUGGUAGGACGGAGAGGACAGGCUCAUUUGGGGGGGAGGUUCAGCAGCCAGUGGCCUGUCACCCCUCUCCUACAGCCCUGCUGCCCGUCAUACUGCCUGCAGAGAACCUGCACCCCACACCAUGCAAAGACAUCAUCAUGGGCCGCCCCGGGACAGUCUGGACCAACGUGGAACCCCGGUCAGUUCCUGUGUUUCCCUGGCAUUCAUUGGUCCCUUUCCUGGCACCAACCCAGUCAGAUGCCUCUACUCAGUCUGGUGAGGGCCAACAACCAAUCAAUCACCCCCAAGCUGCCAGUCUGAAAACAGAGUCUCAGGGGGGUCCUGUGCUGCUACAGGAGGCCAACGAGUGUCCCACCUCCCUAGAGAGAGGACCCACAACACGGCUGACUCCCUCCACAGACGACCUGGCCCCGGAGAGGGAGGCCGAAAGAGAGAGGCCAGACAGUGAGACUGAGAGUGACGUGGAUGACCCGUUCUUCCCCAGUGUUCUUCCUGAGCCCUUGUCUGUGACUCCUGUGAAGAGACGCACUCAGUCCCUCAGCGCCCUGCCCAAAGAUGGGGACAAGAUCAGCCCUAACAAGAGGGAGAAGGACCACAUCAGGCGGCCCAUGAACGCAUUCAUGAUCUUCAGUAAGCGUCAUCGAGCGCUGGUGCACCAGAGGCACCCCAACCAGGACAACCGCACGGUUAGCAAGAUCCUGGGCGAGUGGUGGUACGCCCUGGGGCCCAAAGAGAAGCAGAAGUAUCAUGACCUCGCCUUCCAGGUGAAGGAGGCCCACUUUAAGGCCCACCCAGACUGGAAGUGGUGCAACAAAGACAGGAAGAAGUCUAGUUCUGAUGGCCGAGGGCUCCCGGGGCCGGGAGGCAAAGACAUUAGAGAAAGGAGCAUGUCUGAGACCACCGAGCCUCAUGGUGUGGAGCUGAAAGGGAUGGGGUCUGGCCUGCUGGGUGUGUCUGAGCGGAAUCCAGGGGAGGGGCAUGUAGGUCAGCUACCCCGCCCCCGAGCCUUCUCCCAGAGUGCCGUGCACAGCCUGGAGAGGAGUGAGAGGGGCAACACACAGGCCCUGGCCGAACUGUCACAGAUGUGUGGGGAUGGCGGUGGCCAGUUUUCGGGGCGCGCCCAGACCCUGUCCCGGUCUCAGAGGGGGGUCAGUGAGGACAUGACCAGUGAUGAAGAACGCAUGGUCAUCUGUGAAGAGGAGGGAGACGACGAUGUCAUCGAGGACCAGUACCCUGCCAGCUCCAUAGACCUGAAGUGUAAGGAGAGAGUGACGGACAGCGACAGUGACAACGCCUCUGGGAACGAGAGCGAUCGCAAGCGUGUCUUUGCUCCAGUGAUCUGCUCUUCCUCCUCCCAGCCCACCCCCCACGGACGCUCCGUCUCUCUCUCCUCCUACCCUUCCAAACGCUACGACGAGGAGAGAGGGGGGCUCUCAGACCGCAGGAGGAAGAGAGGAAUAGAGGGAGGUGGUGAUGGAGGAGGAGUGUCAUCCCUCUCUCUUUCCCUGUCCUCCUCAGGCCACUCUGUCAUCUCCAGCCCCGGAGGCCCAGUUCCUUCUGCCCUUACCCCCCUUGGCCUGUCUCCUGUCCUGGGCUUGGGGGCUGUCAGAGUGGCCUCUACAGUGGUGACCAACGUGGUUCGUCCGGUCGUGAGCACGCCAGUCCCCAUCGCUAGUAAACCCCGAGACGGAGCAGCUUCAUCCAUUCCUCACCCACCAGACAGGAGGUCCCUCCCAUCGCAGCAAGCGCAGCUUCUGAUUGGCUCCGGAGUAGGAAGCGGAGGGCCUGGGUACUACUCCUCAUCCUCACCCAAUCCCAUAGGUGCAGGGGCGGGUCCAGGGGGGCUAGUGACCAGCUUGGUGUUCCCGGGACACAGCCAGCCCACCGUCCAGCUCAUCAGUCCCUCCCCCCAUCCGUCCUCCCACCACCAGCUGCCCCCCCCCGCCCCCGUCUCUGUCCCCACACACAACCACACCAACGGCCCCCUGCCCCUCUCCCUGCUCCAGCCCCAGUUCCUCUCCUCGUCAUCUCUGGCAUCCCCCGGGGGCAAAGCCAUCACACAGGUCCAAUACAUCCUGCCCACCCUAUCAGCCAGCUCUAAUCCCAAGAGCCCCUCCCCUCAGCUGCACAACCUGCCCAACAGUAUCUUCAACCUGCCCACAGUUCCACCCACCCACAUGUCCAUAGCCAAUGGGAAGCAGGCGGGGCCAGGCUCGCUGAUGGGAUAUGCCUCCAGCCCAGCCGUGGGAGUGGUCAGCCCGGGAGCCAGAGUGCAAUCCCAGUCCCCAGUCCUACAGGGCAAGAUGCUGCUUCCCAUGGCAACAGUGAGGACGGCACCCGCCCCUGCCCAGCAGUUCCCCCUCGUGGCUCCACCUCUUCCUGUCCAGAAUGGAGCUCAAGCAGGAAGCAAGAUCUUCCAGAUCGCUCCCAUGCCUGUCGUCCAAUCCCAGCUCCAGCAAGGCGGGACAGGGCAUCCUGGGAGCCCUUUUCCCGUUACCAUGGGAACGGCCACAGUAUUGCACCCGGGUUCUGCCCCGUCUCAGACUGUGCUGCUGCCGCCCCAACCAACCAGGAUCACCUAUGUCCAGUCCACGCCAGGAGUCCCCUCUCCUCUGCCUCUGGGCUCCACGACAACAGGCUCCUCCUCCCCUCAGCAGGCCCAGCCCACCCCUGGAUCUGCAUAUGUUCCGUCGCACCUCGCAACGCUGGGCUUUACAGCCAUAGCCCCCCCUGGACAGAACCUAGUCCAACCCCUCAUCACAGGUCAGCCUCCCCUUCUGGCCCCAGUCCAGUCCCCUACCUGCCCCUCCCUCCCCUCUGGCCCAGCCUCUGCUUCAGGGGGACAGAUAAUCACCGCCAUCUACCCCCCUACCAGCGUCACCAUGGCAACCGGGGUGGUCUCCAUGGCAGCCGUGCCGCCCAACAUGGUGUACACAGUCUCCAGCUCCUCCAGUCUGUCUACCCACAUCCUGCCCAAACACACAUUCGCCCCCGCCACCCCCACCACACACACUCACACACACACCCAGCUCCAGUCGGACAGACAAACUGACAGGCACACGGGGGAGAGACCCACAGACAGACCGUCUCACUCUCAGUCAGAGAAAGCGGCAGACAGACAAGCGGAGACGCAGCCUGAGCUACAGGCGUACGGACAGACGGACAGGCAAGCCCAGACCUUCAAUAAGAGCAGCAGCUUAGUGGCACCCCCAAGUGGCUCCUCAUUGUCACUGCGGCCCUGCAGCCCCCCCCUGCCCUCUCACACUUCCACAGGCAGUGCACCAGACACCCCCAAACUCCCCCAGCUCCCGGUGAGGACCCCUCAGAAAAUCAAAGCCACAGUUGCCAACAUCCCGGUGGGCAGCUACGAGGGAGGAGGCCGAGGAAAGGAGAGGGAGAAGAACCGAGAGAGGGAAAGGGAGAAAGAAAGAGAGAACACUGGAGCAAACAGUCGUUUUUCCUUUGAGCUGGAGCGUCCUGGGGAGUCGGCGUCCCCGUCCCAACACACACACACUGCUGAGGAGCCCCCCUCCUCUGACAGACCCCCUGUGGGACACGGCCCUGGGGACAACACUGAUACAUGCAGCACAGAGGCCAGCAACAAGGAGUCUGGGUGGAAGGACUCAGUCCCCUCCUCACCCCUGCCCCCUCCCUUGGGUACAGACCCUGCCCUGCCACCUCCCCAGAGCGACAAAGACGCCCCUCCUCCCAAAAAGGUGAAGGCCCGCCCCCCGCCACUCAAAAGGACCUUUGACUCUGUGGACAAGGUGUUGUCGGAGGUGUAUUUUGAGGAGCGUUUUGCUCAGCUACCAGAGUUCAGGCCAGAGGAGGUGCUGCCCUCCCCCACCCUGCAGAGCCUGGCCACCUCCCCCCGCGCCAUACUGGGCAGCUACCGCCGCAAGAGGAAGAACUCCACAGACCUGGACUCGUCCACAGAGGACCCCGUGUCUCCUAAGAGGAAGAGCAGACGGCGCUCCAGCUGCAGCUCGGAGCCCAGCACACCCAAGAGCGCCGCCAAGUGUGAGGGAGACGUCUUCACCUUCGACCGACCAGCCCCCCCGUCUGUGUGUCCCCCUCCAGGGUCUGGGACAGGGACAGGUGCUGACGGAGAGGACAUCCUGGGGGAGCUGGAGUUUGACAAGGUGCCCUACUCCUCUCUGAGACGCACCCUGGACCAGAGACGAGCCCUCGUCAUGCAGCUCUUCCAGGAGCAUGGCUUCUUCCCCUCAGCCCAGGCCACAGCAGCCUUCCAGGCACGCUACUCAGACAUCUUCCCCACCAAGGUGUGUCUGCAGCUGAAGAUCAGGGAGGUCCGACAGAAGAUCAUGCAGACUGCCGUCCCCUCUGAGACCAAUGAGGCCUGCUCGCUCCCUGGACCGUCUGGCGCCCAAUCAGGGGAAGGGACAGGAGGCGGGGCAGAGCCAUUGGUAGAGGAGGCGGAUCAAGAGAGGGAGGGUAGUCCAGAGGAGCUGAGGGAUUCGCAGGAGUCUUCUAGAUGAAGGAUGCCGACAGGCUGGAUUGACCAAUCAGCGAUGGACCAGUUCCCCAAAUCCCGCCUCUUCUUAAUUUUGUUAAAGCUACACCCCUCUGUCUCUCCGUGUAUCUGGACCUGUUUCUCGCUCUCUCUCGCUCUCUCUCUCUCUCGCUCUCUCUCGCUCGCCUCUCUCUCUCUCUCUCUCCACAGAGAGCCAGGUCAGAAAUAGCAAGUGGAAGAGACAAAGAAAGAGGAUGUGUCUGCAAAAUGUGUGAGGUGGAAUUGUUUUAAAACUUAAAAGGGGAUUUUUUUAAGUGUAAUUCCCCCUCCAAAAAAAAUGCCGUUUAAAAUGCCAGUGACACGCACACAGACAGCUGAUGAACCCCAAACUCCAGUACCCACACUUGAAUUAGCACUUUGUUAGUAGUAUUAAUAUUAUCCUUGUAAGCUUCCAUUGAUGCCAGUGGACUAUAGACUAUACAAUAACUCUCCAGCUGUUUCCCAUUGCCUUGGAGCAGGGCCCAUCUUUCAGACUGCAAUGCAUAUCACGUAGUGGGACUGUUUGAGGUAAUUUAUCUGACUCUAACAGGACUGACUUUGUUGUUUUUAAAAAUGGAGGGCUUGGGAAGCAAGAUCAGUUAAUUGGCUGCUGAAGAGGGUCUGGCUCUUAAGUCUCCCAUUGGCUCAUUUGUUUCUGCUGGACAUUAGGGGGCUGGGUCCCCACUGGCUUGAGAUGAUGCCAUUGGAUGGAGAGGCCGCACUACCCUGGUGAGGGAUCAGAAGGAUACUUGUUUUAUUGUUAGAUUUUUCGCUACUUUGAAUCAUGUAAGCAUAACUUCAGGACAGGUCUGUGAGGGGGACUGGAGAGAGUUUAGGACCUCGCCCUCACUUCUACAGGAAAUGCCAGUAAUGAUGCACCAAGCGUUCCUGCUAGUCUGAUUCGCUCGCCAUGAGGGAAGGAGGCGGGGAGAAGGAGUCAAUGGGCACAUCAUGGCUUUACAUUUCUCACUGUCACUUCAACCAUAUUUUAUGUAUUUGUAGACUUUAGUUGAGAACCCAGAGGACGUCAGGCUGACAGGCCUAUUACUUCUAAUGCCAAGCAGUUUUAUCCAACUUUGUUUUUUUUAAAGACAUCAAACUUGUCUUUUUUUUUUUAUGAAACACAUGUAAUGUUGCAGUUCAUUAUGUUAUUAUUGUAUUACUGUUACUAAUAUUACUCCUCUCAUUGUUAUAGUGGACCUGAUCCUUACUACGGGCUGGUAUCAAUGUCAUUUGAUUAGCUCUCGCAACCUGUUUUCUUAUUUGAGGGGAAAUGGGAUGGUCCUCACCUGUGCCUCUUGCCCUCUUUGUCUUCCCUUUCAACACCCUCACUUCGCUCCAGCAAGGACCUGGGGUGACAAAUCUUUUUAUUCAUUUCAAUGAGGGAUAACAAAGAGAAGAGGGUUGACAUUUGUAUUCCCCUGCUAGUAAGUUUGAUUAUAUAGCCGCCUCCUUCCUCCACCUCCUUUUCCUUCCCUUCUUACUGUUCUCUCUAGGCCUUUUUUUGGGGGUGGGAGGAGAUAAGCCUGGAGGGGGCAGGGCAGUAUAAAGAGUGGUAGGGUAUAAUAUUGGUUGUCUUUGUGCAAGACCUGGUUGUGUUGUACAUAUUAUUUACUGUAGUCAGGAGACUCACUAUAAUAUUGUUAAGGAACAAUGUGUAACUGACUUGUAUUGACUUUUAAAAGACGCCAUUACACAAGGUCAAACUCCAAAAAUGUACAAAUGAAUAAUAAAUAUGAAUAUUAA